AGUUAAGGACAAGCUCUGGCUCAACAAUGGUCUGGAUUUGGAGUGUGGCUUUUCCACAUCGCGUUCUAAAGCUGUUAGAUGAAAUGGGGGUGAAAAAACCUCCUAAUCCUUCCACCUGCAUACGGCAACACCAUUUGAUGCUGUCCAAUCUCUUCAGCUCCCCACUGUUCUGGAGUGACUUCUUCAUAAUUGGCCUGAUGGUUCCAAAGAAGCAAAUCUCUUUCAGGAGAAAUGGAUAAUAUGAAUAUCGGUGAUGUUAGUGAUACAGCAAGUAGCCUCUCAUUAACUCUACACACUGAAGAGCAAGAGGUUAAAUCUAGAACCCUAAACUGUUCUUUCAUUUGUCCCUCUUGAGACAGCGUCAAAAAUUCAGUGUUGAACCAACAACAUUUGGUUCAACAACUUCUUUCCAUCAGAGAGAGUUGUAAGUACAACCCCUUUUGAAAACUAAGAACUAGAGCUGGAACAACUAAUUGAUAAAAUCAACAAUAAUCAAUUAUGAAAAUCGCCGUCAACGAAUCUCUUUAUCGAUUAGUUGGUCUGGGCGUGGCACGGGGCACAUUUACUCAUUGUGUAACUUUUAUUCCAAAAACACGCAUCGGAGAGUACAGACCAAAGUUGUGUCCCAAAUGAUGUACACUUACACUAUGCACUAUACCAGCUAGUGUAUAUUUUAGAAGGGUAGUAUCGUCUCAAAUGGAACACGAGUGGGUUUUAGUAACCAGAAGUAUAAGCCGUUUCCCAGACGAUGGCACGUGAUGUCAAAAGCACAUAAUACGAUGUCGAUAGCUUUAGCAGAUACCCAGAGUUAACGUUACCUUUUAUGCCCAACAUGACCUCAGUCACCCUCACACGGAGGCAUAAUCGUCAAGUGUGCGACCAAAGUCCUCUAAGGCAUGGGAGCAUUUUAUAUUAAAUGUAAUGUAGAAGAUUGUAACCUGCAAACUUUACAAAGCGGAGCUUGUGUAGCACGGAAACACGAUAGUCAUGCACGAGCACAAACUUAUAUUUAUAUCCAAAACGCUCCACUGUGUGCAAGGGCUUGGGGAAACUAGUGCGAGUUGCUUAAGAGGUUUAGUUUAAAUCAAGUUUAUUGCCAUGAUAUGCGGCAUUUGCGUGCUUGCAGUGUAAAUUCUGUAGUCUAGUAUAACAUAAGUAAUCUAUUCCGCCGCAUUGCUCCUGACUCGCAAUGUAGACGUGGUGAUGAACAGUGAAACGCGUGUAAGAUCUGUAAUGUAAUGUCUGAUCUGUAAUGAGAUUUUAUUAUUAAUUUAGGACUGUAGUUUAAUUAUCAGUGCAUCUAUUAAAAAUAAUGCAUAAAUAUUAUUAUAUAAUAGUUAUAUGUAUGUAUAUUUACAUGUGUAUAUAUAUAAUUGGACAAACAGUUGUGUUAAUGUAAAGUUUUGGUCUGAAGUUUAUAUUUGUAAAAAUGGUAUUUAUCGAUUAAUUUAUCGAAGAAAAGAAUCAGACGAUUAAUUGAUUUUGAAAAUAAUCGUCAGUUGCAGCCCUGCUAAGAACCCUUGACUAUUAUCCCAACCACAGCGUGUGCAUAACUGCAUUGUAAGCCAGAACCCAAGAAUUGUGGGUUCAAUUUCAAUUACAAUUAAUACCUCAAAUCAGUCCAUAUAAACUCUUAUUAAAACAAUGUUAAAUCUAGAACCCAAAAGGUCCUUUGAGUAGUCACAUUAGGGAACGAUUAAUGGUUCUAUGAGUUUCAUUCCAAGAAACCCUUUAGGAAGCCAUUCGCUAUUCAAAGAGCCCUUGAGGAAUGCCUUUUCCUGAGAGUAGUUUUUUACACAGAUACCAUUUUGGUAAUGUAUUAUUUCCAGCCAAAUACACCAUCCUUUUUAAUCAUUGCCCGAUCUAUUCGUAAAGCUUACAAAGCAAUUGGGGAAAUAUUUCCUCAGAACCCCUCAAGAAUUGCCAAUUUUUCAAAUUUAUAGAGGUAUAGAGUGGCAAUGGACCCUGGAAUGCUUUACCAUGAGUACCUGUACAGCUGUGUAAGUUGACUGAGACUGCUCAUAGCUCUCCCAGAAAAAAAGGUCUAUACCUUUCAGGGUACAAACAUUUCUCACUGAGAUGGUACCUUUAUGGGUACAUCAUCUGUACCUUUAGUUACCUGGAAAAGUGGCUGCAGUGCACCCUUAACGUGUACCUUUGGGGAUCAUUUACAUUGUGCCUUGGGGAACAAUAGUCUACCUGCAUGCGCAAUACUUUUUUUCCUGACAGUUUAUGGUCCAGUAAUCAGCCAGCGAGGGAACAUAGUGUGUUCCCAAGUGUAUAUUGAUUCAAAUGAAGCCCAUCAUCUCUGUGAAUGCUCUGUUAUAUGAUCACCUGGCAGGAAAGCUGGACGCAGAGAGAUUUGAGCAGGGCAGAAGAGUUGUAAUAAAAUGAAUUCCAACCAAUUUGAACACCAAAUCGAAUACCCCAUUACACUGGAUUUGGGACCUGGCUGACUAGUCAGUGAGUGAAUGACAAGACUUGCAACAGAAACAGCAGAAACAACAGCAGAAUUUCCUGUCCCUCAGCUCCUGGACAAGUCUAACUACCUACACAAGUCGGUGUUAACCCUCCUUACUGUCACUGUACUCAGAACAACUGGAGUAAUGGCUGUCGUGUGACAAUGAAAUAAUGAUUCUGCAUACCGGUCACCAGAACUGGCUAGAUGUAGCUCAAGUCGAAGAGUAAAACACAAGUGUAUAAUCACAUCCACACAAAUGCUUAGACAUGAUUAGAUUGGGCAGGGUUGUGGCAGAAAUACGCGCUUUGCCGCACAACUGGUGGGAUGCCUUGAGAAACUGUGAACAUGACGAAUGCACCAUCAGUGUUCACAUUAGCUUAGUAUGCCAAAGAUAACAUUUGCACAAAGAAACCGUAAUAAGCUAUAUCAUAAAACUGAAGCAUCUUUCAAGCUUAUAUCACAUUAAAAGUAACUGAGUAAAUACAUCAUAUUGUAAAGGUGACUGUUAUAUCAAUAUUAUGGUUAUAUUAUUAUUGUUAUUGUUGGCACGGUGGCUUAGUGGUUAGCAAGUUUGCCUCGCACCUCCUGGGUUGGGGGUUUGAAUCCUACCUCCGCCCCACGUGUGCUUGAGUUUGCAUGUUCUCCCCGUGCUUUGGGGGUUUCCUUGGGGUACUCUGGUUUCCUUCCCUAGUCCAAAGGCAUGCGUCGUAGACUGACUGACGCAUUUCCAAAUUGUCUGUAGUGUGUGAAUGUGUCUGCAAUUCUCUCCUGUUAUGGGUUGGCACCCCAUCCAGGGUGUCCCCUGCUUUGUGCCCCUAGCCUCCUGGGAUAGGCUCUUGUAUGGAAAAUGGAUGGAUGGAUUAUUAUUGCUAUGCAUUAUAUACCAUCUGUAGCUAAAAGCAUACAAAUACAAAUAUUUGCACAUAGUCGCAGUUUACCAGGUCAACAUAUUUCUUGCUUUCACUAACACAGACUCUUGUUAAAUAAUCCAAAACAAGAAAUACAAAAUACUGUAAAAUAUUCUUGUAAAAUAUUCCAAAACAAUAAAUACAAAAAUCUUGAAACAAACUAAUACAACAUACGCUGUUUUAAUUUAAUUUUGACUGAAAACCAGCUGAGCAGCGCCCCUCCCUUAGUCAUCGACAAGUCUUAAACAAUGGUCGCAAGCUAGAUAAACAGUUUGGCUAAAUAUGAUUAAUGCUAAGAGUCUUUCAUAUUUGUAUCUGUUUUAUAUAACAUCAUAUAUGUCAUAUUUAUUGCAUAAAAUAUAUUUAAAGUACACAAACCAUUUAAUUCGGAUUCUAUAAUUUCGUUGUCCUUGACAAUGGCAUUAAACCUUGACCCUUGACUGAAAUGAAAAUAUACUGAUAUAAACCACUGUGAUUUUCUAAUAUAAAGCUUGUGAGAAAAGCUUGCUGAAUUUUUUCUCUUUCCUGUCAAAAAUAAUGUUAACAUACUGGCAGUUAAAAGCUGUUUGAAUGUAGCAUAAAGCAGGCAGAGGGUGCACGGUGGCUUAGUGGUUAGCAUGUUUGCCUCAUACCUCCAGGGUUGGGGGUUCGAUUCCUGCCGCUGCCCUGUGUGUGCAGAGCUUGCAUGUUCUUCCCGUGCUGCGGGGGUUUCCUCCGGCAGUCCAUGCAUGGUAUGGUAGGUUGAGUGUCCGUAGUAUGUGAGUGUGCCUAUGCUAUGGAUUGACACCCUGUCCAGGGUGCACCCUGCCUUGUGCCCCAUGCUUCCUCAGAUUGGCUCCAAGUUCCCCAUGACCCUGUAGGAUAAGUGGUCUCAAAGUCGGAAAGGCUGUUAAAAUGUGUGCAAACACGGCGUACUGUCAGUUGUAGGAGAGCACCCUGAGGCCGACUCUUCACCUCUGCUGGUGUCAAUCUUAGCCGUGCACCAACCAGUGAGAACAUUGCUGCCCUUUGCCUUCACCCUCCACUCCUCCUCCCCUCCUCCUCCCUCUCCCUCCCCCUUGAGCUUUGGGCCAUGUCUGCCAGUGGGGGGUUGAUGGAGGGAAACCAAGCUAGAGAGGACGAGGAUGCUCGGGACAGCUGCUGUGCUGAUGAAGAAUCGUCGCCCGUGGUGGAGAGGAGGAACCGGAGCGGGAUCAUCAGCACACCGCUCAGCAAGAGCCUCAAACACUCCCGAGCGCUCUCUCAGUACAUCGCCACGUGCUCUGCCGCAGCUGCAGUUGCUAAUGCUAAUGCUAACAGACUUGCCCAGAGUUCCUUAGUAACUACAGGGAUUAAGUCUCACUCAGUAGACGCCCAGCACAGAGGCCAGGUGGGACUUUCCAAACUGGACCGGGGUGCACUGGUUUCUAGCCUUCUGGACUCUCCAAGCGGUUUGCAUCUGGCCCAGGCAGCAGAGCUCUUACGACGAGCUAGCAUGCUACUUCCUGUCUCUGACUCCUCCAGCCUUGGCGUGGGUGGGGAUAUGGAGGCAGUCUCAGCCUCUGAUUCGCUGGGGAGUGUGACAGACUUUCCGUUGUUGAGCAAUGGUGGUGGUGUCGGGGGCACUUUCCCGUUCCACCCGGGCCUCUUCAUCAUGACGCCGGCUGGAGUGUUCCUGGCUGAUGGGGCACUGUCACAGGUGACGGGAGCUUCUGAGCAGCAGCAAGCGCACAGUGAGAUGGCAGCGGCUGCCAACGCCAACGCCAAGAAGAAGCGCAAACGCUGCGGUUUAUGCCCGCCCUGCAGGCGCAGGAUCAACUGCGAGCAGUGCAGCAGCUGCCGUAACCGCAAAACCGGCCACCAGAUCUGCAAGUUCAGGAAGUGUGAGGAGCUCAAGAAGAAACCAGCUGGAGGUCUAGAGAAGGUGAUGCUGCCCACCGGAGCUCCUUUCCGCUGGUUCCAGUAGGACGACGGCCAGCCGGACUCCCUGGCGAGCUCAAAUUAACAAACUGCCAAUCACGUGCAACGCCAACGCCCACUCGGACUGCUGCUGGCUCAUAAACACUGGCCACAAAUAACAAAAAGAAUAAACAAACAGCCUCUAUGAAUCGAGAGAGGUAAAAAAAAAAAAAAGAAGGCACUAAACGAGGACGAAGCUAGUUCUUCUGAACCAAAAAUAGACUGCCAUGGCAGCAUGUCACUGCUUUGUUUAUUUUUUGUUUGUUUGUUUGUUUGUUUGUUCGUUCGUUGUUCUCUAUGUUCCAAUCGGGAAUCGUUGUGGAGUCGUGUCCUUUGUUGGACACUUUGGGAACUCUGGACUGCCAAACAGAAGAUGUACAAUCAUUUUAUUUUCUGUGUUUUUUGUGUUUUGUCCAUGUGUGGAGGAAUGCUGUAUUUGCAUUAGAGAAUGUAAACUCGAGACUCUGUAUUAAAGCUAGUUAUUAAUCCAGAGCACUAUUGUACAGUUAGCACCGACGUUCUUACUGACUGCUUCAGUAUAUUUGGAUUUGGCUUUUUUAUGUUCUUGGUUGUUGUUUUUUUUUGGUUUUUUGUUUUGUUUUCUUUUUGGGAGGGGGGGAAUAGUUUGUCAUAAAAACUGAUUUUCAGAUCGAUGUUUGAUAUCAAACCAGAUGAAAAGACAGAAAUCAUUAUGAUGUAGCAUCCCUUUUGGCAAACAAACAAACAAAAAAAACCCCAUCUACUGUUAUUUUUUUUUGUAUUGUGAAACAGAAUCAAUGUAGUUCUGCACUGACGUCAUUCAAGGAUGGCUGAGACAAACGGAAAAAGGAGCACGAACACCAGCCGGCGGCGUUUACAGAUCAGAUUACUUUCCACGGCAGGUUGUUGCUCUACUGGAUCCUGAUUGGUCAAACGGAAAUUACUGACACAGCCGAGAUCUCUAAACAAAACGUGGUGGCCCUUAUACUACCAAACCACGUCAGAAAGCUCUCUGUACGUUUACCUAGAUCGUGAGAUUCCCAGUGAGAUUAAAAAGGCUCAAGGACAAAAGACAUCCCUCCCUCCUGCACCAUAACCACAUGGUGGAGGCCAUCUUGGAUGGCUGACCACAAUCCGCUUAAUCAGUCACGCUGGUGGUGUUCUGUUCUGAUUUAGUGUUGAAGCCUGGCUAGAAAUGGAUGAAGCCCAGGUCCCUAACAUGUCUGAAGGUCUUCAGUGCGACAUCCAUGUUUCCACAGCCGCCAUCCCGAGGGCUGCGUUUGUAAACUGAAUAAACGAAUGCAUGUAUCUGUGUCAGAAACCGACAGCUCUGAGGUUGCAGCUUUUCCUCAGCUUUGGAAUAAAUAGAGAUACCAACCUACACUGUUUGCCGCUGGAAUAUGUAAAUGUGUGACUUGAAGUACAAAGUUUUAUGGAUCUGAAGGCUAAUUAGAAAACAGAUAGGGUGCUGCUCCAAAGGUCAUUCAGGGUCAAAUCGAUACCCAGUCAAAUUUCCACGUCACAGUCUGUUUACUAGUAUGUAGGGAGGAUUUAUAGCCUGCAUGUGGGAAAAAGCAGUCACAUCAGUGCAUUUUUUUGUUUGGAGGGUAGGAGUGAAUGAGUGUCUAGGUCUGGGGUUCGUUUUUGUCUUUUUUUUCUCUUCUUUUCUCUCUGUGUAAGCUCUGUCUGGAUUAAAUCUUCAGCCUAUUACAGAAACAAUGGGCCUCAUUUAUGAAUCGUUUAGUAAAGUUGUGCGCAAAUGUUGUCAUAAGCCAAAAUUUCCCACCAGAUUUACAAACGUUUCUGUAAUUCUGGUUUUCUUUGUUGCGCAUGUUGAUAAGUGCCAAUCACCCAUAAAUUACCAAGAGUGUUCACAGCACAGCUGAUUUAUAUUUAGUGACCUCCGCAAAACAACAGAAAAGGCAAAGCUGACAGAGCGGAAAACGACAAAAUGACAAUUAAAUGGUGAAAGAGCGCCUCCUAAGUGUGACAUGCAUUAAAUCUUCUAGUAAAGCAGCUCAGCCACUGCAGCAAGUCAGCUACCUUAAAUGCACACUAACUCUUCCUCCUGUUAUAGGGCGCCAUUUCUUUUGACCUAAUUGAAUGGCUAGUCUUAUUUGUAUUGAUUUAUGGAUUUGUUUUGGAUUGCUUUAAGUCAUUAAUAUGAAAUGACUGCGUUUCACAAAAUUUUCAUUCAAUUUGUGUGUUAUUGAAAUAAAUAAGCUAUUUAAACUUGA